AUGUGGAAAUGGAUACUGACACAUGGUGCCUCAGCCUUUCCCCACCUGCCCGGCUGCUGCUGCUGCUGCUUCUUGUUGCUCUUCUUGGUGUCUUCCUUCCCUGUCACCUGCCAAGCUCUUGCUCAGGACAUGGUGUCACCGGAGGCCAUCAACUCUUCUUCCUCCUCCUCUUCCUCCUCCUCCUCCUCCUCUUCCUCCUUCUCCUCCUCUUCCUUCUCCUCUCCUUCCAGUGUGGGGAGGCAUGUACGGAGCUACAAUCAUCUCCAAGGAGAUGUCCGCUGGAGGAAAUUAUUCUCUUUCACCAAGUACUUUCUCAAGAUUGAGAAGAAUGGAAAGGUCAGCGGAACCAAGAAGGAGAACUGCCCGUACAGUAUCCUGGAAAUAACAUCAGUGGAAAUUGGAGUUGUUGCCGUCAAAGCCAUUAACAGCAACUAUUACUUAGCCAUGAACAAGAAGGGGAAACUCUAUGGCUCAAAAGAAUUUAACAAUGACUGUAAGCUGAAGGAAAGGAUAGAGGAAAAUGGAUACAAUACCUACGCCUCCUUUAACUGGCAACACAAUGGCAGACAAAUGUAUGUGGCAUUGAACGGAAAAGGAGCGCCCAGGAGAGGACAGAAAACACGAAGGAAAAACACCUCAGCUCACUUUCUUCCGAUGGUGGUUCACUCGUAG